UGAGGGUCCUCAAUCUCAUGUCUGAGGUUUAGAAGGGGUAAACAUUUAUGUGCUCGCAUUUUGUGCUAUGGGUUUGUAGAAUACUGCUGUGUGAUAUGAGUUGUGGGUGCCGAUGAAUGCAUUUACGGGCAAGAGUAGGGCUUGAACUUCCCGAGGAUGCGUUACUCGAAAUUAGGUUUGGAGUUCCCAAGUUCGACUCGCAUGGCUGAUGGGCACGAGCUUGCCUCCAUGAGUAACGUAGGGCCACAGCAAGACGGCAGUACGCUCACACCAAUCCUGUGGGCAUGUGGUGCUGUGAGCCAGGCGAUUGCAGCUCGUGUACUUGCUAAGAAGGGGGAUGGGGGUCCAUCGAUGCCUAUUCGGGCGUUCUCUAUUGCAUCUUUGCUACUAGGUACCGGCUUUUGUGCUGUGGGCGGUACACUAUGGGCAAGCGGAAUUCGAGAGGUGGAGGAUCUGAGAGGCAUGGGUCGCACAGUUCGCAGUGCUUUUGGAAAACCGCCUCGUAUGGACACCUAAUCUUUGCAUAUCAUGGUCUAAGAUUUUACCAAGAACUGAGCCUGCCUUUCUAUGCCUCCUCGUCUUUGAGAUUUUGGACUUAAUCAAAUCAUGGAAGAGCCUCUCAAGUGUUGUUAAACAGCCUACUGGUUGCCUCGUGUACGACUUUUAUUUUUGGUAUCACGGGAGCUAGCUGCGAUCGAAUGCCUGAUAUGAAGCUUAUUGUUGGAGAGUACUCUCCUGACCUUGUCAGCUACAUAAGCAGGCUUUCCCAGCUGAAGGCACAUCAGAGAGCAGCAUUGUUUGUAUCCUUGGACGAGGUUAGUGUCUCCAUUUGCUUUGUGAGAAGGUAGUUCAGCAACUCUCUUUGUUGCUUGUUAUUUGCAGCUAUGAUCAGGCUGAAUAUACAGGGUCCCAGUAAAAUUUUGCAAAUGCUCCGGAGGUAAUUGUUGACCCAACUGCCUUUUCCAGAAGGGGCUGCAAUUAAACCUGUUAUUUUGGCAUUCUGUUGUUUUGAGUUGCACCUUACAAUAUUACCUUGCCUUAGCUCGUUGAGAAAAAUGAUUGCUGCAGAAGAAUCCCUUAGUAGUAGAAACUGCUUGUAGAAUUGCUGACUUGUUUGAAGUAACUUAGUUAACAUAUGUUGACCCAU